UUCCUUCGAUCCCCCUUUAGAACCCACGAGCUCGCCGCUCUCCCCUCGGCGCGAGCCAUGCUCUCGCUGUGUCGACCCGUUUCCCUUUGUCCCGCUCUGAACAAAUACGCGCCCCCUUUCCAUUUCUGCCCUCCCACCUUCGCCAAAUCUACCGACCUGCCACCCCGCGCGAACUCCCCGAAGCUCGUCUCGUCUAUGGAGGCUCCUCCCUCCGGUUACAGACGAAACGUUGGAAUUUGUCUCAUUAAUUCCUCUAAUAAGGUUUUUUCGGCGUUGAGGCUUGAUAUCCCAGGCGCAUGGCAAAUGCCUCAGGGCGGUGUAGAUGAAGGGGAGGAUCCAAGAGUCGCUGCAGUUAGAGAAUUGAGAGAAGAGACUGGAGUCACAUCCGCCGAGAUUCUUGAUGAGGUUCCUUACUGGUUAACUUAUGAUUUCCCUCCUGAAGUGAAAGAAAAACUAAAUAAACAAUGGGGAACAAAUUGGAACGGUCAAGCACAGAAGUGGUUUCUAUUGAGAUUUACCGGAAAGGAUCAAGAGAUUAACCUUUGUGGUGAUGGAAGUGAAAAGCCAGAGUUUGCAGAAUGGUCAUGGAUGACUCCCCAACAAGUUAUAGAUCAUGCCGUGCAUUUCAAGAAGCCAGUAUAUGAAGAGGUCUUGAAAGUAUUCGCUCCACAUCUCCAGUCAGAUUCUAGCUCCCUGUGAUUCAGUCCUCCAGUUUUAGGGAUCACGUUCGGUCAACAAACAGCACAUCAAGUUUGCUUGCCAUGUAACAAAACAAAUAAUGUUUGUUGGCAUGCUGGUUACAUUAUGAUUGAAAAGAUGUUAAUUGGGUAACGCAUACAAUUUCUUGUUUCUUAUAUUUUGUAUGGAGGACUCGUAGUUGUUUUUUUUUAGUCGCAUAAAUGAUUCAUAGAUCGGAAUGAAUUUUGUCCA